AUGGCGCUCAGGGAGAUGCUUGUUGUUAUGGGUUUCAACUCUCAGUCCGGUGAUCCACAGCUUGUUCCACACGCGCCGCCACCUUGCUCCCUUGCAGAGAACCUGGACCCACAUACCAAGCAUUUGAAUUUAAAUUCAAAUCAUCUCACAUCCAAUCAGCCCCCUGCAUGCACUGCUGACACCCCACGUGCUCCAUCACAGAACCAGUUUGACCAAACUGCACCUACUCCUGAUUUCAAGCUCCUUUUCAUUCCCAAUUGUAAGCCUGUAAGCCUUAAACUUUGGCAAGAAGAUGUACCCUCUCCACAAAUUAACUCCAUUGAAACCCAAUCAAUUUGGGUUAAACUCUUCAACGUACCCCUCCGUCUGUGGUUCCCAAAGGGUUUAAGUUAUGUGGCAAGUGCUAUUGGCAAACCUCUUUUUGUGGAUGCCAUUACACAGAGCAUUGACAGGAUUGAUUAUGUUCUCGUGUGUGUUGAACUUAAUUUACAUUCCCCUUUACCCUCCUCCUUCACAGUGAGAACAAAUAAUAACAAAAAAGUUCAAGUUACUGCUCAAUACCCCCAUAAGCCAAGUAUAUGUACACACUGUAAGGUGUUUGGUCAUGCCACUGAUCAAUGCACUAGAAGAGUUGAUGAUUUGGGUCCAUCCGCUAACAGUGGGAAGGACCAAUCUGACCAAUCUUGGCAGCUCAUUAUUAGGAGGAAAAACAAUCACCCAUCUUCUCAAUGUCACCCUAUACCAAACCCUUUCCCUGCUCCCACUAACAGUUCCCGUGUGGAUGAGGCCUCCACUUCCCACACUUCUAAGCUUGCACUGAUCACACAAUCUGAAUUGUCACCCAAUGGUGAGGUCCAACCACAACCCCAUCCGGCACAUGAAGAAUCACAGCCUCAUUCUGCUGAUCCAAGAUCAACACCCACAACCAAGUAUUCAACUAAGUUUAAAGAUGGUUGUGUUGUACCAACUAAAUCUAUUCCAAUUAGCAAUUCCUUUGGUUCUUUGGGAAUGAAUGACACUAUUGAGGAACAAGAGUCCCCUGCUGAAGAUGACCAUUUUUCAGAGGAAGAAGAUGACAUUGUUUCUGUUUCAAACCAUAAAAAUUAUGAUCCUGCCUACUCUCCCAUCCUCAACAAGGCACUCAAAUCUCGAAAACCAAACCAAGGGAAACACUCCAAAGCCAAAACAAAGAUAUGUCAAGAGAAUGUUGUUGUAGUUCACAGAAAUAUUGCACCUACAUGGAGUAUAGUUUGUAAUUAUCAGUACUCUACCCUUGGGAGAGUUUGGAUCUUAUGGAAUCCAAUGCUGGUGUCUAUCUUCCCCACAUUCAUGAAUGGUCAAGUGAUUAAUUGUUCAGUUUGGAUUCAUAGUUUGAACACAAAAUGUUUAGCCUCUUUUGUUUAUGGAGUUAACACUGCUGUUCAGAGAGUUGCUCUUUGGAGAGCCCUGCACUUCCACAAUGAUCCUGGAGAACCAUGGAUUCUCAUGGGGGAUUUCAAUGUUCUACUUCAUGUGAAUGAAUCUUUUGGGGGUGCCAAUAGAUGGACUCAAGGGAUGUUGGAUUUUAAGGAUUGUUCGCACAAAAAUGAGUUAGAAGACUUGAGAUUCACUGGCAUUCAGUUUACAUGGACCAAUAAUAGCUUUGGGUGUGCUAACAUAUCAAGGAAACUGGAUAGGGUUUUGGUAAACUAUGCAUGGAUGAAUAGGUUUGCUCAAGCUACUUGUGAAUUUCUACCUCAUGGUGUGUCAGACCAUUCUCCUAUGCUUGUUGUUCUUGGUGAAAUCUCUCCUAGAAAGAAUUUACCCUUCAGAUUCUUUAAUUUCUGGGUGCUUAAUGAGAAAUUCAUAGAUAUUGUUUUCCAUGGUUGGCAAAAAGAAGUCUUUGGCACUAAGAUGUUCUGUGUGGUACAAAAGCUGAGAGCAUUAAAAUACCCUUUGAAACUACUCAACAAGAUAGCUUUUGGUUCUAUUUCACAAAAGGUGGAUACUUGCAGAAAAGAGCUGUCACAGUGCCAAGCUAAUUUGGAUCUCAAUCCUGCAAAUGACCAUCUUCGAUCACAGGAAAAGGAGUUGGCAGCUAAGUUCAGUGAACUUUGUUUGGUAGAGGAGAUUUUUUACAAGCAGAAAGCGCAAAUCCAUUGGCUUAAAGUUGGGGACCAGAAUACUUCUUUCUUUAUGAAAUCAUUCUCAUCCAAAGCUAACAGAAGGAAGGUGGUUUCAAUUAAAGACUCAUUAGGGAAUACUGUCCAAGGUUUGGAUUUAAGGAAUGAAUUCCUCAAUUACUUCCAAAACCUUCUUGGUCAGAGCUAUAGCUCUUAUCCAGGUAUGUCCUCAUUCUCUAAUAUUAUUACUAAGACUAUUCCCUCCAGCCUCAUCCCUAUCUUCACUGCCAUACCAACAUACAUGGAAAUACAGAAGACCAUGCUUUCAUUCAACCCCUACAAAAGCCCUGGUCCGAAUGGGUUUAACUCAUGCUUCUUCACUCAUGCUUGGCCAAUUAUUGGCCAAGAUAUCACUGAAGCAAUACAGGAUUUUUUCAUUUCAGGAAGACUGCUUUCUGAAAUAAAUUGCUCAUACAUUGCACUUGUCCUUAAGACACCUAACCCUUCAUCUGGUAAAAGAGGUGUUCGGCAAGGGGAUCCCAUCUCCCCUUUAUUGUUUGUUCUUGCAAUGGAAGUUAUGUCUCUUUCUCUUGCAAAUGCAAUCUCAACCAACCCUUGUUUCAAGUAUCACUGGAGAUGUAGUAAGUUCUCCAUCUCUCACCUUGCUUUUGCUGAUGACUUGCUGCUUUUCUCCUUUGGUAAUGUGGCUUUAGUCCAAGUGCUUCACAAUGCACUGUCAAAUUUCCUCCUUAUCUCUGGUCUCUCAAUCAAUUGUUCUAAAAGUCAGGUUUUCUUCUCUGGUGUGGAUGGGUAG